CUUUAAUAAUAAUAAUAAUUUAACAAAUGGCUGACAAGAGACAAGAAGACCUGAAGAAUAUUUCUGAGAUAACCGAGUUGUCUGGCGAAGUUGUCUCUGAUUCAUAUGAUGCCCAUAAUCAAAAUGUUGAAGCUACAGUAAAUGCUCUUUUAGAACUAAACAUGAAUACAACCUCAAGAGAAGUAAAGAAAAGUUCGAGCAUUCAAGUUAAAUAUCAGCAAGCUAAAAGAACAGAAAAAUCAGCAGCUGAGCAAGAAAAUCAAGAUCCACUUUGGGACCAAUGAUUAAGCUUGUGGUACACUGACGAGGAGUCUACUAAAAAUAGUCCCCUUCAAGAAAAAUCAGAGAAUAGACAAGGAAUGCCUUGAGGGCUUAUCAACUUUCGAAACGACUGAUAUUUCAAUUCCUUGAUUCAAGCACUCUUCCACAUCCCAGAAUUCACUGAAAUCAUCAUGAAAGCAUUACCCCAAUUAAUUAACUCAGUGAAUAAUGACGGAGAUUAUAAGGCUUUGCUCAUAUCUCUCUGACAAAGAAAUGCUGAAGACAAAGAAGCUCAAAGUCAAAAUGCCUUACCCGCUUCAGAAACAACCACAAGUAAGACGGCUGGGGGAGAUAAUGCCAUUGAAGAUGCAAAGAAGGAAGGCCAGCAGGAUGAUAUCUUUAAGUUCAAAUUCAGACUCCUUGAAAGCAUGCAGAGCUUAUUCUCAAAGAUGAUAAAGUUCCCUAUGCAUUCUCAAAGCACUAAAGAGGUCAGAAAUGUUGUCUGAGAAGCCAGCGGUAUUCCUAUCAAUAGGAGAGACGACCAAAUGGACUUAGCAGAGUUCUAUUAUAAUAUCCUCGACCAACUUUUGGACUCAUUCAAUCCACUUGAAAAUAUACUGGUCUCUAAUGAAGACAACAAGGGGCAGACCGAUGACUCUUGAGGAAAUUCUGAGAUGGUAAAUCAAAAAUCUACUCCUGUACUUGAUAUCCGAGCAGACAAAAGAUCAGACAAAUAAUCUUUCUGCUCCUUUCGCUAAGCCUGAUAAUAAAACCAUCACUGAAAUAAAUCAGUCACUAGCAGCAGCCAAGAGGCGUCUCCAGUCUCUAUUCUAUGGCAAAUGAGAAUAUUCUAUUUCUUAUACACACAAAAAUAAGCCUUGAAAUAAAUAAAGUGUCUGAAAAGUUUGCCUCAAUAUCACUCCUACCAAAGUAUGGAGAUCUUUACUCUGCUUGGGAUGCUACUUUUGAUGAAGUUAUCACUAAUUCCUCCUCUAGUCGCACAAAUGAGCAAGUCAUAGCCCAGAAGAAAUAUGUCAUCACCAAGCUUCCAAAAGUGCUAGUCUUCACCAUCAACAGAGCUGACAUCGAUGAGGAUGGAGAUCAGUACAAAAAUAACUGAAGGUUCGAUUUUGAUGAUGUGAUCUAUCCUGGCAGAUAUUUGAGAAAGAACACUAAGAAAAUCAAAUAAGAUAACUCAAGCAAUAGAAGAUUAUUCUGAAAAUGUAAAAUGCCUAAAAAUCCUGAUUUCGAAGUUAAGGGGAGAAAACAUUAAGGUAGACUAUAACUACCAUUAUUAGAUGAA